UCUUCAUCUUUAUUCUUUGCUGUUGACGGUAGCGCACUCACCAUGUUGCUAAAGAUUUUGGUUCUUCUACCGUUUGCUUUUGGCCAAACUUCGGACGAUAUCGACAAAACUGCAGACCACAUCAGAGCUGUCAAUCCCCUUGGAAAUCCAUAUCACAGUGAUACGAGACUUCACCUAUUAAGCGGGGAACCGCGGGAUAACGAAACAUUUGCCGGGACGCUGAGCCUCUGCUCCAAUGGCUCAAACGAUGAAUUACUUAACGUUACCAUCAGCAGCAGUAUAGCCCUGCGCGGCUAUAAAAGUUUAGUGUUCUAUGCACGCGCUGAAACCUUUACCAUACUGGAAUUCAAAGACUUCCUGGAGCUUCCGAAAUUUAUGGGUGUUCACCGCAUCGCACUGCCGCAGACCAAUCGCAGCGUCUCGGAACUGGAGGAAGCUCUGGCGUACGCGUGGGCGCCCAGCUUUGAGAAAAGUUCCAUGACACCGAGGCGUGCUCAGAUCGUAAAGUUGGGACAAACCUGGGACUUUUUUUCCCGCAAUGGGUAAUCGAAUAUGUUAACUCGAUUUAACCAUGCAGCAAUACCCUUCGCUAUCCCAUAAGGUCACCUUUAGUAUCGAUUGUCUACAUUCUGCCAUUGGACGAACUGCCUUCGUCCGGGCAUUGUGCGCGACCCUGCACGAUUCCUCGGAAUGUGUCGUUCCACGAGUUGCCGGCAGUCACUCCGCCUUCGGUCGAAACUUUCUGGCAGCGAUUUGAAGAAAAAGGCUUUGCUCAACCCAGCGGAAAUAUCUUUGCUAGUGCUGCACCACACGGUGAAUUUUACACGUCAUUAUAUCUGGCAGAAAAUAAAUCCGGCUACCGGCCGAUCUGUCUGCUACGGUUCUGGAACGCCGAAAGGGGCAAAACUGCAGCGAGGAUGGCAUCGCCAAUGUGAAAAUUCACCUGGCAGCUUUCGAACCGGCAGUUGUUACUUACAGAGUUAAUGGCUCGUUUUCCGAGUAAGUACUGGAUAAAUAUUCAGUAUAAUAGUAAAGAAUAUCAUAGUAUUAAAGCAAGUACUGGAUAAAUCUUCCGAGUAAUCACUGUUUAAAUACGUAUUAGUUUACCACUUUACCGUUCAGUUUUCAGUUUUCUUAACGUUCUAGUGCUCGUAGAUUUAUUAGCUUUCUUACUAGGGCCCGGUACCGCCUCUGAAGAAUUUCGAUGUUUGUAUGAAGACAGUAUAGCAUUGGCAAUACUUAAAAAAAUAAUUUCAUCGGCAGUGGUCCAGAGGGCGUGACUAAAAAUAAAUUUAGAACAUAGACGUGUCGUGUGUAUGUCAAUGUAUUACUUGUCAUAAUAUUCCUGUUUGCGAGUGAAACUUAAUUUUCUGAGCAGUUUUCGUUACCCGCUGUCACUGCAGAGUUGCGGUCUUAGUUUUGAAUAACUGGCUUGGUAGUAUAAACAUUCUAGGAAAGCUUGCCAUCCGAAAUACUUAUCUUAGUUCAGCACAAUGUUGUGGCCGCGUCAGAGUAAAUACUAAAUAUUAUGCCGAAAACUGCUGGCAAUUUGACAAAAAUAUUUAAUGCUGUCAAGCCAGUUAGACAAAAAGAAUAAAAGGAGGCGAAAAAUUCACAGUGCUAACGGUUAACGCUCUGCUAGGACCUUGGAAAAUAUGUUUUCACCGGCGAAACAGGAACAGUAUGGUAAAUAUACAUAGCCGAUACAUACGGUACUUGUUUUCUCUAAAUUGGUUUAUGGCCACGCCCGCUGAACCAUUGCCGAUGAAAAUAUUUUUUAAACGUUCCCGACACCUGUUAUGUCUUCAAACAGAAUAUGAAGUUUUUUUUAAGGGGAUGCCGGUGACCGAGACCUGGUUGGGUUUUAUUAAUUCCCUUAAGCGUUCAUUUUUAUGUUUAAUCGACCGAAGCGUAGCGAAGGUCCUCUAUGUUCAGCGUUCAUGAAAAAUGUGGUGUCUGUCGGUCACCGCUAUCAAAUGCACAUAUGCGCGGCAAUUCCUUAGUCAAAUGCACAUGCGCGCUGGCCGUGUAUACUCAAGGCGUUCAAACUGUGGUGUCUGUCGGUCACCGCCA